AUGGCUGACCCUCUGUCGCUUACCCUAGCUGCUAUAACUCUCGCAACGGCAUUAAAAGAUAUCAUUGAGCUGGCUCAGAAAAUCGAAGAAUCAUUUACAAAGACCUCCCACAACUUGCGGCAAUUGCAUGCGUUAUCGACAGAGAUUAGUGCGACGCUUCGAGAACUCAAGGAAUUUUGCGAUGAACAUUACACGGUCCUAUCAGAUGCGAAGGACAUGAAGACUGCCCUAUUAGAGCUCAAGAUUGCGAUGAAAUCUGUUUACACGAGAUGUUGUGAAAUGGUACCGCCAAAGCCAGCAACGAAGAUAGGCAAAUUCAAGGUUGCAUUUAGUGGCUGGAAGAACCGUGAUAAAAUGGAAUCUGAAAUAGUUGAACUUCGAAAUCAUGUAAAUAAAUGUCACUCUCGAUUUAUGAUGUUCACUGUUAUGAGGAUAGAAAAGCGCAUUGUCGAGAUGGGGCGCAGGCGCUCAUCUAGUCUAUUAGUCCGCCGUGUGGAGAUGCCUGCGAAUUCUGGGGUGUCUGAUGCAUCUCUAGUCACGUUUGUGGGUACUUCUGAAAGAACGUUUUCGACUCUUCCUCCAGAAAUUACGGCCGACUUCAUCUCCGACACAUAUCUCCGUCUUCAGAUCAACGCUAUCGAUGGGUACCUGCAAGAACUAUCUUCCAAAAACACAUAUACGGUCGAAGAACCUUUGGAUGAUUACCUGAAGCCUUACAAACCAGUGCUACACGUUGGUCCAUCAUCUGACAAGAAUAUUUUCAGACAGGACAUCAUAGCCCAGUCUCUGGAAAUUCAGUCCUGUCUUCGUAGCGAUUCGAGUACCCUCUCCAUUCAAGAAGGAGCAUGGAGUAUGGUUAACCUUUCCAUCGGGCUACACUCUCUGGAAAUGUACGAAGAAGCAGCAUCCAUGGGUCAAUGGACUGUGAAUCUCUUCCGGACUCUUGUUAAUACCAACGCUGCAAUUUACUCCCCGUACCUUGUUCACUCACUGCGUCUUCUCGCACGAUUCAAUAUCAAAAUCAACGAGAACAACAAGGCCAAGGUUGCAAUUUUGGAAGCUAUAUCUAUCAGUCGUCGUAUUCAAUCACCGUUCUCUGAACCCGAGAUUCAGUUCCAGCUGGGUGAAGCCUUGAUAACGCUUGCCUUUAUUUGCGAUCUUAUGAAUGAUACCGAGGCAUCUUUGGAGGCUGCAAAGGAGGGUGUCCUGCUAUAUGAAGAUCGCCUCAUCAAAAGCUACAUCCCCGACAAUGGAGUUGAUCCCAAUCUGAUGGUCCAUCCAUCCCAAAUAUCAUGGCAUUGGGGGCUGGCAUUGUUCUAUUUCUCCGACAAGGCGGUUUGCGACUAUUCCAGAGCACUUGAACAACUAUCAUUCAGUCUUCAGAGGGUAGAUGAACUUGAAGAAUCCUUCAAGGCUGGCGUGAAAGCCCUUGAGGUUAUCCUUUAUUCAAGACCUGAGGUACGCGACAACCCGGACAAUCAAACAUAUAUCGCCUCUUCAUUAUAUCGACUUUCGCACCAACAAUUUCACACGGUAACAACACUUGAAAGAGCUUUGAAGUAUGCUGAGGAGUGCAUCGCCCGCUAUAGGCCUCUUUAUCUUGCUGAUAAAGACCAACACAUUUUAAGCCUAUGCGAAUCUCUGUUUGAAUAUGCCAAUCUUCUUGGAAAGCUCGAACGCUAUGACGAGGCGUUGGUCAUUUGGAAGGAAACCGCUCAACUCGCCGAGGAGAUUGUCGACAAUCAAGUUCUCCGCGCCGACGCGCUCAACCAGCUUUCUUGGAAUUAUCGAAAGCUUGAACGACACAGCGAGGCUGCAUCUAUCAGGUCCGAAUCCGUGACGGUUUACCAGACAUCCCUUGAUUCGACUUCCGACAAGGCCGCCCACGGGUACUACAAUCUUGGGGUAGACCUUCGACUUGCUGGACGGUUCGCAGAAGCCGUGGAGGCCCUGAACAUUGCCCUUACAAAGUAUCGUGCUCUAGCUUUCAACGACCCUUAUUACACAAAGAACAUCGGAAACACUCUGAACCAGCUUAUUCUCAAUCUUAUACAUUCUAAUCGCCACGACGAAGCAUUUAACGAUGGUUACGAAUCCCUCAAACUUCACAAAGUCUUAGUCGAGAAAGAUACCACUGCUGUUCAAGAAUAUCGUUUCGCCGUGCUCCUCAAUAUCAAUCUUGCCGAAGUCGCGGAAAACGAGACUAAGUGCAUAGAGCGCUCCCGCCAUAACGUUGUUUGUGCUAGAGAGUUAGCUGAACAGUUUCCUGAAGAGGAGUGCAGGAUUUUGCUUAUGCAGGCUAUUUUGAGUCGUGCUGUGGUUUUAUGCCGAUUCGAACGCCUUUCAGAAGGCAUGACCGCCAUCCAAGAAUCAGUCGAUUGGUUUGAGCGACAUCCGUUCCAAAGCUCGAAGGAAGCCGAACAACAAAUGCACACUCUCAUUACAUCGUGUAGUAUCAGCCAUAAUUUGGGAUAUUCCCGUGUCCCGCUGGAAUUACUCGAGAAAUCGAUUGACAUCGGAAAACAAUUUCCCUCUGAUCAAAUCAUUGCUGAUACUCUCGUGGGAUCUAUGCAACGUCGUGUUGAAGUAAUUGGUUUCCUGGGUCGCUAUGAUGACGCUAAAGAUGCCUGUAUUGAAUGCGAGGAGUUCGCUCGAAAAUUAGACCACCCGACCAGCAUAGUCAAUCUCAUUAGCUGUCUCCGAACCAACUCUAUCGCAUUCAGAGACGUUGGAGCUACUACAAAAGCUACUGCUUACAUCGAGGAAGCUUUGCAAUUGUGCCGCACUCCCCAGCUGGAGAAAGCAGCCAUGAAGAGAUACUUUGCUCCUAUCCUCGAAAGUGAAUGCAUGUACACCCUCUCCGACUGCCUCGCGGAUGCGGGAAAAAACUCUGAAGCACUCGAGCUGGCUAGACAAUCUGUCGACGCUGCCCUUGCACUCAAGGGAAAGUAUGCCACCCUACCUUGGUCGGAGAUUGAACCGAGCUACAUCGAAGCUCUUCAUACACUUGCUAUGCGUUUAGCCGCCAACAACGAUCUUGAUAAAGCUUUAGAAGUCACAUUGGAAGCGCGCAUUUACUACGAGAAACGGGCAAAGUUAAGAAAUGGCAACUCAUUACCUCUUGCUCGAUCUCUACGCUUGGAAAGUAUCUUGUAUUGCAAAUUUGGACGACACGAAGAGGGAAUGUCUGCGAUCGCUAAGCUACAAGUCCUUCAAUCUCGCUUGGACAUUGCGCUUCCUGAACUUGCCGAACGGAUUCGACUUCAGCUUUUGAAAGAUGAAACCUAUCCAUCGUGGAUCAUUCUGCUGGGUAAACUUGACAUUCGCUGUGAGCAUCAUUCACGGACUACAUUAAAAAGUAGGUAG